CUCCGUCAAGCCAAGAGGACAUGCAGCUCGUCAGCGAGCUGUCAGCAGUCAUCGAAGAUGCAGCUUCUUUGAACGAGGCAGGGACGAGCGAGCCGAUCAAGCUGGUCCUGGACAAGGCCGUUGGCAACCUCCACGACACGUUCUACUCUCCGGGGAGCCUGGAGUUCAUGGCGCUGGGAGAGUGGGCGAAGAUGCCAGAGGAGCAGGGAGUGGGACGCAACGCGCUCAAGGAGAGGCUGGGGAAGUGGCUGCAGAGCAAGCGCUGGACUCGCGUGCAAGGAGAGAGCAAGAAGGCAAGGAGGGGCAGCGCGUUCUCGCCACGGGCAACGGCAGCUGCUGAGCUUGAGCAGGAGGCGGAGAGCGACGACAUAGAGCGUCGAUCUCUUAGCCUCCUGUUCAUAGCACUGAGUAAAUUCGCAGAGAUGCAUGUGCUGGCCUGCUCGCUGAAGGUGGACAAGAAGGACCGACUGCGAGUGGAGAUGAGGGAGGAUGACGAAGAAGAGGAAGACAUGGAGGAAGAGCAAGGCGAGGGCGAGGAAGAAGACGGGGCGAGCCCGUACCGAGCUUGAGCUGAGCUCAAGGUAAGGAGAGAAGGUAGGAGGCGACCGAAAGCCAAGGUGAGGAGAGGCAACUCUUCUGACUGAGGCUGAGGAAGCUGAAUGGAGGUAGAGUAGGUGGUGCCCGAAGGCCAAGGUGAGGAGAGGCAACUCUCCUGACUGAGGCUGAGGAAGCCAAGAGAAGACAGCAGAAGUAGAGAGUAGAAAGACGCCUCAGAAGCAGGGUUCGCAUUGUAGGCCGUGUACUCCCAGUGCUCGAGCGCCUCUUUAGACUAGGAUCAAAUUGCAUAAGCCCACAACGAGGCCGAGCAACAUUCUAGCAUUCUAAUAAAC